CAAUAGCACCAACACACAGCAGACCCAUAAAAAGGCUAGCAUCGCACUGGCCGCUGCUAGGCUAACAACGGAACACAGUUGCUCAUAGACUUUGACAAACUCACUUACGGAGACCAAGACCGAAACGAGCAGCCAGCAGGCAUUUCCUGGCCUUCUUAAGGAGGCUUGCAUCAAGGGCAUUAGCCAACUACGACGACUAGUUCGAUCAGGUCGAUUCUGCUCUGCAUUUUUUUAGCAGGAUGUUCAGAUCAGCAGCUCUUCUAAGGGAGACGAAGAGAGUUUUUGGAACAACGAGUACUUGGACAGCUGGUUUAGUCGUCAAUGGCUUCUCCACGGCGUCCAGCUCGCACCAGAGGUUGGCCGGCAAGGUGGCCGUCAUCACCGGCGGCGCCAGCGGCAUCGGCAAGGCGACGGCCACGGAGUUCAUCAAGAACGGCGCCAAGGUCAUCAUCGCCGACAUCCAGGACGACCUCGGCCACUCGGUGGCGGCGGAGCUCGGCCCGGACGCCGCGUACACGCGCUGCGACGUCGCCGACGAGGCGCAGGUCGCCGCGGCCGUGGGCCUCGCCGUGAAGCGGCACGGCCGCCUCGACGUGUUCCACAACAACGCCGGCAUCGCCGGGGCGCUGCCGCAGGACGACAUGGCGGCCGUGGACCUCGGCGACUUCGACCGGGUGAUGGCGGUGAACGCCCGGUCGACGCUCGCCGCCGUCAAGCACGCCGCGCGCGCCAUGGCGCCGCGAUGCAGCGGCUGCGUGCUCUGCACGUCGAGCGGCGCGGGCGUCAUCCCCGUCCCGGCUGUCCCGGUGUACUCCGUGUCCAAGGCCACCGUGAUCGCCAUCGUGCGCGCGGCGGCGGAGCCGAUGGCGCGCCACGGCCUGCGUGUGAACGCCAUCUCGCCGGGCGCCACGAGGACGCCGCUGCUGCUGCGGCAGAUCCCGCUGCUCUCCGAGAUGUCCCCUAGCCUGAGCGACGGCCUGAAGACGACGGUGGAGAAGGAGGUCGGCGAGGGUGGCGCCGUCGUGCUGCUCGCGCCGGAGGACAUCGCGAGGGCGGCGGUGUACCUGGCCUCCGACGAGGCCAGGUACGUGAACGGGCACAACCUCGUCGUCGACGCCGGGUACACCGUGCACAAAGGAGCGUGACAGGUAGACGACGCCGAUCGAGCAGGUGGCGUGCAUGCAUCGCUGCUUGGUUUUCAAAGUCGUCGUUGUUGUAAUUGGAAUAAUAAGGACGUCCGUGACAAAAUUUAAGUAUUUGAAGAUGAUGAUGCCGUUUGAAACUCAUAUAGAUGUUGAUAAAAAUUAAGUGUUUUACGCAUAA